GGGUUCUGGCCGGGCUCCGUGAGUCACCAGGCAGUCUGACAGCGUGUGUGAGAGCGGCGAGCCGUGUGUGGCAGACAGAGACGGGCACAGUCCGUGUGACAGGAGAAGGAGCGAACGAGUGAGGGAGAUGGGUGAGGGACAGAGUGCCUGAGACAGAGAAAGAAGAGGAGAGAGGGGGAGCGUGGAAAAAGAGAAGCUGUGGAGUGACGGGGGGGAUUCAGCGGCGGAUGGACAGGAGAGAAGGAGCGAUGAAGGGGGAGCUGAUGGCCACUCUCGGGCUGUGCCUGGUCCUCUGCAUGUCCGCCGCCCCGGUUGCACGCAGCAAACGCGAGACGUCGCAGGGAUGUGCCACCGAUCAGUUCUGGAACGAGGACCUUUCAAAGUGCCUGGAAUGCAGUCUGUGUGAAAUACAUACCAACACACCAGGGUGUGACGCCUGUCCGAAGACGUGCGAAGACGGGAAGUUCUGGAACAACGACAACCAGCAGUGCAUUUCAUGUGAGAUAUGCAAAUCGCAGCCAAAAACUCCACAGUGUGACCUGUGCAGCAACGUGGAAUUCCCAACAACAGAGCCAGAAGUGAAUUUGGAUUUGCCGCUAUGGAUUUGGAUAGUGAUCAUAUUAGUGUUUGUAGUGUCUGUGCCGAUUGGCCUGGCCUGGUACAAAUCCAAGGAAUUUAACACCUCAGCAGUGGCAAAGCCCGUCCAGGAGAUCGGGACAGCGGAUGCUCCAAACCAACACAUGUUGGCAUCUGACUGAGGGUUCCUGCGAUGCUGUCCUGUCCCCUCGUCUGUGUGUGUUUGUUCGUGAGACUCCUCAUCAUGAAGAUCCACGUUCGCUGAGGGUGUCACUGUUCGGGAGAAGAGAUUAGCUUCCACUGUAGACUGAGGACUAAUGCAAAGUGCUAUUCCGCUCUCUCCAGGAUUAGAUGACACGUCCAGACAUACUUGUCCGAGCAUCCAAUUAACUUCAAUAAUCUGGAUGACUUUCUGGCACCAGGCGUUGGACACAUCAUCCUCUCCCUCACCUUUUUGGGACCAGACAUCUAUCACACCAUUUUCUCCCAUCCCCUUCCAGGACUCAGUGUCAGACACAACGUUCUCUCUUCCUCCACCAGAACAAGGCACCAGACACAUUGACCUCUCCCCCCACCCUCCAAGUGGACAUCGCAUGAACAAUCCUCUUUCCCCUCUGCUGGACCGAAAAUGUAGAGGAAGCUUCUCUUGCUGUUUGACUCUGGGAGCAUAUGGCAGGAUGAUGUGGCGGGAGCCUCACACUGUGUCUGACCACAGGAAUGAGUGAUGGGACCGUGUGGAGGGAGCUUCACUUUGUGUUUGACCACAGGAAUGAGUGAUGGGACUGUGUGGCGGGAGCCUCACACUGUGUCUGACCACAGGAAUGAGUGAUGGGACCGUGUGGAGGGAGAUUCACUCUGUGUCUGAUGCCAAGAGUGUGUGAUGGGACAGUGCAGAGGGAGUCUCACUCUGUGUCUGACCCAUGCCCUGGGAGUGUGUGAUGGGACGGUGUGGAGGGAGAUUCACUCUCUGCCUGACCCCAGGUGUGUGUGAUGGGAUGGUGUAGAGGGAGCUUCACUCUGUGUCCGACCCCAGGAGUGUGUGAUGGGACGGUGUGGAGGGAGAUUCACUCUCUGCCUGACCCCAGGUGUGUGUGAUGGGACGGUGUGGAGGGAGCUUCACUCUGUGUCUGACCCUGGGAGUAUGUGAUGGGACAGUGCAGAGGGAGUCUCACUCUGUGUCUGACCCAUGCCCUGGGAGUGUGUGAUGGGACGGUGUGGAGGGAGAUUCACUCUCUGCCUGACCCCAGGUGUGUGUGAUGGGAUGGUGUGGUGGGAGAUUCACUCUCUGCCUGACCCCGGGAGUGUGUG